AUGGUCGCCGUGGAUAUCAAUGAUCUUCUCCGUCUGGAGGCGGAGCUGAAGACUUCACGUGAACGUGAAACAUCGUCUACUAGUCUAGACGCCAAAGUGAAUCUCCUCAAGUACCUUCAAGUCCAGACGGUACUUCAGUUUCAAGCAGCGUACGACGAUUUGUACUACGAGCUCAGCAAGACUGGAGGGCUUGAUUGCCUUCGCACCAUCGCCCCGGUUCCGUCGACGGGCGUCUUCCAGCCCAAGGUAUUUGAUCCACAGGACUGCGGUGAGGACGAGCAGCUUGAGAAUCAGCUACAGUUCUAUCUUGCGGACGCUGAGCUUGCAAAGGCGCAUUUGGACGAGCUCGUCAUGAACGUUGCGCAUGACAUGAGCAAAUACGAGGUUCAAUUCGUGGACGUCAAGUCACGGGAAAGCACGCGACGGAAGGCUAGCAGGUUCUGUGAUGGGGACGUCCGAAAGGUUGCUGACAUAGCUAGAGUGACUGUGAUCUGCACCACACCGGAGGCCCUGAAAGAGGCGUACUUGGCUAUCAUGGAGUUGCCCACGCAACAGGUUCUGCUGAUUAAGAACGGCUUCAAGUCUGACUGGAUGCCUAGCGGGUAUCGGGAUGUGAAGCUGAACCCCGUCGUGAACGAGCACCUAUGCGAAAUUCAACUGCACCUCCGCGAGUUCUUUGCAUUGAAGGGCGGCCAACACGCAGUGUACGAGUGGGCGCGGGAUCUCAACGUCACUACGGAUAUGCGCUGUGAAGACCUGUUCGAGACUUUGUCCGCCAAGGUUACGAAGGAGAUGCUGCACCUUGCUGGGGAGAACUGGCGUGGAACUGGGUACGUUCUACCGGACCUACAGCUAGCUGCUGGAGAGUACGAUCUGGCCGAGAAGAGCCAGAGACAGGCACUUACGGAUGCUGAGAACGAAGUACGGGAGGUUGAGGACCACGACAGCAAGGAAUCGAGAUGGGCAUUGGACCGCGAAAACGAGGCCAGGUCAAGACUCGCCACUGUUCUGGAUAAACAGGGCAAGUAUGAGGAGGCAGAGACUCUGUGCGUUCGCUCGCUGGCUAUCGAUGAGAAAGUGUACGGUCCUGACCACCCGAAAGUCGCUAUAGGCCUCAACAACAGGGCGGGGUUCUUGAGGAGUCAGGGCAAGUAUGAGGAGGCCGAGCCUCUGUACGUUCGGUCGCUGGCUAUCCGUGAGAAAGCGUACGGUGCUGACCAUCCGGAAAUCGCUACAAGCCUCAACAACUUGGCGCUUGUCUUGGAGAGUCAAGGAGAGUAUCGGAAGGCCGAGCCUCUGCACGUUCGGUCGAUGGCCAUGUGUGAGAAGUUAUUAGGUCCUGACCACCCGGAGGUCGCUAUAGGCCUCAACAACUGGGCGGAGUUGUUGAGGAGUCAGGGCAGGUAUGAGGAGGCCGAGCCUCUGUACGUUCGGUCGCUGGCUCUCCGUGAGAAGGUUUACGGUCCUGACCACCCGGACGUCGUUGUCGGCCUCAACAACUGGGCAGAGUUCUUGAACAGUCAGGGCGAGUAUGACAAGGCAGAGCCGCUGUACGUCCGGUCGCUGGCCAUCAGUGAGAAGGUGUAUGGUCCUGACCACCGGGUAGUCGCUGUAUGCCUCAACAACUUGGCGGCGUUGUUGUGCCGGCAGGGCAAGUAUGACGAGGCGGGGUCUCUGUACGUUCGGUCGCUGACUAUCCUUGAGAAGAAUUGUGGUCCUGACCACCCCGACGUCGCUACAGGUCUCAAUAACUGGGCGCAGUUCUUGAGACAUCAGGGCAAGUAUGAGGAGGCGGAGCCUCUGUACGGUCGGUCGCUGGCUAUCCAAGAGAAGGUGUACGGUGCUGACCACCCCGCAGUCGCUUCAGGUCUCAACAACUGGGCGGAGUUCUUGAGAGAUCAGGGCAAGUAUGAGGAGGCUGUGCCUGUGUACACUCGGUCGCUGGCUAUCCAUGAGAAGGUUUACGGUCCUGGCCACCCGGAAGUCGCUACUGCCCUCAACAACUGGGCGGGAUUGUUGAGAGAUACGGGCAAGUACGACCAGGCUGAGCCGCUUUACCAGAGGGCACAGGAGACCAUGGAGAAAUCGUUGGGGAGGGAUCAUCCAAACGUUGCGACAAUUUUGAACAACCGGGCGGGGGUGUUGAAGAAUCAGGGGAAGUAUGAGGAGGCGGAGCCUCUGUACAUUCGGUCACUGGCUAUUGAUGAGAAUGCUUACGGCCCUGACCACCCGGAAGUCGCUGCAGGCCUCAACAACCAGGCGGCGUUGUUCUACCGGCAGGAGAAGUACACCGAGGCAUUGCCACUAUUGGAGAGGGCCCUGUCAAUCCGUACGAAGCGCUUUGGGGAAAACCACCCACACACGGUUGAGACUCGAAACAACCUGGAACUUCUGCGAAAAGAGGUUCGUGCAUAAGGGGCCGUCUGGUAGCCAGAAGCCUCGUGCACAACGCAUUGAUGACGAGAAGGCCUGAUGGCGCUCACUGAAAGUUGUGUGGUCCAUGUGGCAUGUGUGUAGACGAGAUGGAAGAAGCUGCCUACCGUAGCGGUUACUGCAAGGGGGACGCUCCCAAGAGGCAAAAGGAAAUUGCCAUCCAGUGUAGCGAGACGUUAUUCGAGCGAAGCGAGAUUUCUGAUCUUGGCU